AAGUUAUUGCUUGGCAGGCACACACUGUUAAGCAAUAAGGAAAGAGAUACAAACUUUUAUCUCUUUCCACUUGAACCAUAAAUAAUAAACCAUGGCUUCCGGCAUUUCCUUAGAAGAUAUAAGAAAUGAAACAGCUGAUCUUGAGAAGAUCCCCGUUGAGGAAGUGUUCGCAGCGUUGAAAUGCACAAGGGAGGGAUUGACCUCAGCCGAGGGCGAAACGCGCCUCCAUAUUUUCGGGCCUAAUAAGCUGGAGGAGAAGAAGGAUAGCAAGUUCCUCAAAUUUUUAGGCUUCAUGUGGAAUCCUCUUUCUUGGGUGAUGGAGCUUGCUGCUAUCAUGGCUAUUGCUUUGGCAAACGGAGGCGGGAAGCCUCCGGACUGGCAGGACUUUGUUGGGAUUAUGGUGCUUCUCAUCAUCAACUCGACCAUCAGUUUCAUCGAGGAGAACAAUGCUGGAAACGCUGCCUCCGCUCUCAUGGCUGGCCUUGCCCCGAAAUGCAAGGUCUUGAGAGACGGAAAGUGGUGCGAGCAUGAUGCCUCUAUCCUUGUUCCGGGAGACUUGAUCAGUGUCAAGCUUGGUGAUAUUAUUCCGGCUGAUGCUCGUCUCUUGGAGGGAGAUCCUUUAAAAAUCGAUCAGUCGGCCCUCACCGGUGAGUCCCUCCCUGUGACCAGGCACCCCGGUGAUGAGGUCUUCUCCGGGUCCACCUGCAAGCAAGGCGAGAUUGAGGCGGUUGUCAUUGCAACUGGAGUUCACACCUUCUUUGGAAAGGCUGCUCAUCUUGUUGAUAGCACCAACAAUGUGGGACACUUCCAGAAGGUGUUGACGGCUAUUGGCAACUUCUGCAUCUGCUCAAUCGGUGUGGGAAUGAUCAUUGAGAUUAUUGUGAUGUUCCCCAUCCAGCAGAGGAAGUACAGAGACGGGAUCGACAACCUGCUCGUGCUGCUGAUUGGAGGGAUUCCGAUUGCCAUGCCAACCGUGCUGUCUGUGACCAUGGCUAUCGGGUCCCACAGGCUCUCGGAGCAAGGGGCCAUCACCAAGAGGAUGACGGCCAUUGAGGAAAUGGCCGGCAUGGAUGUUCUCUGCAGUGACAAGACGGGAACGCUCACGCUCAACAAGCUCACCGUUGACAAGGCUCUGAUUGAGGUGUUCCCCAAGAAGAUGAGUCCGGAUACUCUCAUGUUGCACGCGGCCCGGGCUUCUAGGGUGGAGAACCAGGACGCCAUCGAUGCUUCGAUUGUCAACACGCUCGCUGACCCUAAGGAGGCGAGAGCCGGGAUCACUGAAGUGCAUUUCUUGCCAUUUAAUCCUGUCCAAAAGCGCACUGCAAUCACCUAUUAUGACUCUAAUGGAGAUUGGCACAGAUCUAGCAAGGGUGCUCCCGAGCAAAUUAUUGAGCUCUGUGGCCUCAAAGGGGAAACCUUGAAGAAGGCACAAGAGAUCAUUGACAACUUUGCCAACCGCGGCCUUCGUGCUCUUGGCGUUGCACGACAGACAAUCUCGGAGAAAUCGAAGGAGAGCAGCGGUGAGCCAUGGGAAUUUGUGGGACUGCUGCCUCUGUUUGAUCCUCCGAGACAUGACAGCGCAGAGACCAUCAGGAGAGCCCUGGAGCUGGGCGUCAACGUCAAGAUGAUCACGGGCGAUCAGCUUGCCAUCGGUAAGGAGACCGGGCGGAGGCUAGGCAUGGGCACCAACAUGUACCCAUCUUCAUCCCUUCUUGGACAGAGUAAGGAUGAGUCCAUUGCUUCCAUUCCCAUUGAGGAACUCAUCGAGAAAGCCGAUGGAUUCGCUGGAGUUUUCCCAGAACACAAAUACGAGAUCGUGAAGAAACUGCAAGAGAGAAAACACAUAUGCGGCAUGACUGGGGAUGGAGUGAACGAUGCCCCGGCCCUGAAGAAGGCCGACAUCGGCAUUGCGGUUGCUGACGCAACAGAUGCUGCGAGGAGCGCAUCGGACAUCGUGCUGACGGAGCCGGGUCUGAGCGUGAUCGUGAGCGCAGUGCUGACGAGCCGCGCCAUCUUCCAGAGGAUGAAGAACUACACCAUCUACGCAGUUUCAAUCACCAUCCGUAUCGUUCUAGGAUUCAUGCUGAUCGCCCUGAUCUGGAAGUUCGACUUCUCGCCCUUCAUGGUUCUCAUCAUCGCCAUCCUCAACGACGGAACCAUCAUGACCAUCGCCAAGGACAAAGUCAAGCCGUCUCCCAUGCCCGACUCAUGGAAGCUCAAUGAGAUUUUCGCCACCGGCAUUGUUCUUGGGACUUACAUGGCUGUCAUGACCGCCAUCUUCUUCUACCUCGCAGCUGAUACCGACUAUCUCUCUGCGAUUUUCAAAGUGAAGUCUUUGAGGGAAAGUCCAGAUGAGCUUACAGCUGCUCUCUAUCUUCAAGUGAGCAUCAUCAGUCAAGCACUCAUCUUCGUGACGAGGUCACGAAGCUGGUCUUUCGUCGAACGCCCCGGUCUCUUGCUUGUUUUUGCUUUCUUCGCAGCACAGUUGGUGGCCACGGUGAUUGCUGUUUAUGCCAACUGGGAAUUUGCAAGAAUCAAAGGCAUUGGAUGGGGGUGGGCUGGAGUGAUCUGGAUCUACAGCAUCAUCACUUAUUUCCCACUCGACAUCCUCAAAUUCAUCAUUGGCCUUGCAUUGUCCGGCAAAGCUUGGGAUUCCAUGAUUCAGAAUAAAACCGCUUUCACUACCAAGAAGGACUAUGGCAAGGGAGAGAGGGAGGCGCAAUGGGCCGUGGCUCAACGUACUCUCCGUGGCUUGUCGACUGCAUCAGACAGCGACAAGGAUCACAUCGAGAUAUCUGCAAUUGCAGAGCAGGCAAGGAGAAGAGCUGAAGUUGCAAGGCUGAGGGAAAUCCACACUCUCAAGGGACAUGUUGAAUCAAUGGUGAAGCUCAAGGGAUUGGACAUCGAAACCAUCCAGCAACACUAUACUGUGUGAAGAGUCAGCUUUAUGAAACGAUACAGAUCGAAGAAGUGACGGACACCAGAUAUAGAUAUUCAUCUGUUUCUUUCGUUUUAUGUCAUGAUAAAGAAUUGGAUGGAAGUCAUUUAUAAAACAUUCUUUGCUGCU